AUGACAGUCACUCGCAGUGAGAUUGAGCGGCACAACACCCGGCAAUCAUGCUGGGUCGCGAUUCACGGCGCCGUCUACGAUGUGACCGUCUCGGACUUUCUCGACUCACAUCCGGGUGGUGCUCAGGUUAUAUUGCGUUGCGCCGGGAAGGACGCGACUGAGGAAUUUGACUCAGUUCACUCGCCGGACCUUCUGACCGGGGCACUGCCAGAGACGGCGUUACGAGGAAUUAUCAACGCGGCUGAGCUGGCACCAUCCGAGGGCAUGGACUCUGUGAGCGAGGCGCGACCUGCUCCAACCCCAGAUGGUCCUCCACCGCUGAGCACCCUCAUCAAUCUGCAGGACUUUGAAGAAAUCGCCCAACGAUACCUCCCCAUCAAUGCCUGGGCAUACUAUUCCUCUGGUGCCGAUGACGAAAUCAGUAAGCGAAAUAAUGCACGGGCGUAUCGAAAGAUCUCGCUGCGACCUCGCAUUCUGCGAAAGAUCCCCCCGGUCGACACAAGCACCUCGAUCCUCGGCCAUUCGACGACCUUACCCGUGUAUAUCUCUCCAGUGGGUAUUGCUAAGCUUGCGCACCCGGAUGGCGAGUGUGCGCUGGCUGCAGCUGCUGGGAAAGAAGGACUCGUCCAAGUACUCGCAAAUGGGUCGAGCAUACCGAUUGAGCGCGUAAUGCAAAGUUGCGUCUCACUAAACCAGCCUGUCUUCCAACAGCUAUAUGUGAACCGCAAUAUCACCAAGUCUGUGGAGGUGGUUCGGCGAGCACAAAAGGCUGGGGCUCAAGCCAUUUGGAUCACCGUGGACUCGCCAGUGGUUGGGAAACGAGAGAUGGACGAACGAUUGAAUCUCAGCGUCAUGGCUGGUGAUGGUAAUUCGCAAGGCCAGGGCGUGGCGAAGACGAUGGCCAGCUCCAUCUCGCCUUUUAUUGACUGGGACAUCCUUUCAUGGCUCCGACAGCUGACGGAUCUCCCUGUCGUUAUCAAGGGGAUUCAGUGUGUCGAGGACGCGGUGCUGGCGUACCAGCAUGGCGUACAGGGCAUAGUACUCUCCAACCACGGAGGCCGUUCACAAGACACUGCCCAAUCGCCGCUUCUGGCUUUAUUGGAAAUCCGCAAAUUCGCUCCCUUCCUCAUUGACGGUCGAAUGCAAAUCUUCAUCGAUGGAGGCAUUCGCCGAGGAACCGAUGUCCUCAAGGCCAUCGCGUUGGGUGCUACCGCGGUUGGACUCGGACGACCCUUUCUGUUUAGCAUGGCAGCCGGAUACGGCGAGGAUGGCGUGCAUCGGAUGUUGCAGAUGUUGCGACAGGAGAUUGAAUCCAACAUGGUUUUUCUAGGGGCGACCACUCUCCGUGAACUGGAGCCGGAGAUGGUCAAUGCGAGUCGGCUGGAGAGGGAGUUGGUGGGGAGCGUGAAGUUAUGA